AUGGCUGCCCAAGGAGGGCAGAUCAUGGAGAAGGCCUCUGCCGGGGUGCGGGAGAUCUUCUCAGCUCUUUCCACUUCAGAGGUGCGUUACUUCGAUCAGGAGAGGUACUCGGAGUCAGAGCUGCGAAAGGGGCUCUCCGAUAGCAUCACGGAGCGGAAGAUCGAUGCCAUGAAGCGAAUUCUCGCGGCGGUCUCCGUUGGGAGAGACGCCAGUGCAUUGUUCCCGGAUGUGGUGAAAAAUGUCUCGUUCUCGUCCAUUGAGCUGAAGAAGUUGAUUUACAUCUACUUGGUGCAGUAUGCAGAGAACAACAGAGAGCUCGCGCUGCUAUCCAUCAACAGCUUCCAGAAGGACCUGUCCAACCAGAGCCAGCAGAUACGAGCUUCCGCUCUGCGCGCGAUGGCUUCCAUCAAAGUCCUGGAGGUCAUCCAGCUUGUGAUGGUUGCGGUGCGAACAGCGGCCGGAGACAGCUUUCGCCCCAGAAAAUGUCUGGGGUCGCCAAGAGUGAUGCAGUGA